AUGAAAUUCCCGGGCUCCGUCCUUGUCUCCCUCGUCCUCUUCGUGGCCGAAACGGUGGCCGCGUUGUGUCUGAGCGGGGCGUACCGCGCUGCGGGGGACCGCAUGUGGCAGUGGCUGACGCUGCUCUUCGCCCUCCUGCCCUGCGCGCUGGUGCAGCUCAGCUUGGUCUUCAUCCACCGCGACGUCAGCCGUGACCGCCCGCUGGUGCUCCUGCUGCACCUCCUGCAGCUGGGGCCCCUCGUCAGGUGUGUGGAAGUCUUUUACAUUUACUUCCAUGCUGGCAGAGUUGAGGAACCCUAUGUCAGCAUUACAAAGAAGAGGCAGAUGCCCAAGGAUGGAUACUCAGAAGAAAUUGAGAAAGAAGUGGGACAGGCCGAAGGCAAGCUGUGCACACACAGGUCUGCGUUCAGCAGGGCGUCUGUGAUCCAGGCGUUCCUCGGCUCAGCGCCCCAGCUCACGCUUCAGCUCUACAUCUGCGUCCUGCAGCAGGAGAUCACAGCUGCCAGAAGUAUUUUUAUGGUCCUUUCCCUCCUGUCAAUUGUAUAUGGUGCCUUACGCUGCAACAUCCUGGCUAUUAAGAUUAAAUAUGACGAUUAUGAUGUCAGCGUGAAACCGGUCGCUUAUCUCUGCAUAUUCAUGUGGAGAAGCUUUGAGAUUGCUACACGGGUUACAGUGUUGGUCCUUUUCAGUUCUGUGCUCCAAAUCUGGAUUCUCCCUGUUGUCCUAGUGAAUUUCUUUGGAUUUUUCUUCUACCCAUGGAUUCUCUUCUGGCAAAGCAAGUCCCCGUUUCCCGAGAACAUAGAGAAGGCAUUGAGCAGGGUUGGCACUACCAUCGUCUUGUGCCUUCUCACCUUCCUGUAUGCUGGCAUUAACAUGUUCUGCUGGUCUGCAGUGCAGGUGAAGCUCAAUGAUCCUGACUUAAUUAACAAAUCCCAAAACUGGUACCGCCUGACUGUAUAUUACAUGCUGCGGUUCAUCGAGAACGCCUUCCUCCUGCUGAUGUGGUACAUCUAUAAAACUGAUAUCUACUUGUAUGUCUGCGCCCCCUUGUUAGUCUUGCAGCUCCUGAUAAGUUACUGCAUGGCUAUCCUCUUCAUGUUGGUCUUCUACCAGUUCUGCCAUCCGUGCAAAAAGCUUUUCUCAUCCAGCAUAUCUGAAGGUUUGCUGUCCUGUUUCAAAUUUCUCUGCUUCGUUUGCAAGCCUCCCAAAUCCACCAUACUGACGGACAAGGCGGAGGUGAAAUCUCCUGGACGUACUGAUGAAGUCUGGGGCAGUAGCAAGACAAUAGAUUCUCAAAAGGGGAAUCCUCAUCAGAGUGUUUCAUCCAAUGCCUAG